AUCUCUCACCUGUGCAGUGACAACAGUGAAGAGAAAACAUGGCUUUAGUUCCAGCAGGUCCUGAUUUGAGGAUUGUGACGAUUGGAAAAACUGGUGUGGGCAAGAGUGCUGUUGGGAACACCAUCCUGGGAUAUGAGCGUUUCAGAUCUUGCCCUUUAUCUGCAUCAGUGACUGAGUUCUGUCAAAAAGCUUGGGUACAGUGGGGGAAGAGAGUAAUUAGUGUUGUAGACACACCAGGGAUCCUGGACACUUCAAAAUCAGAUGAGUUCAUCAAAAGUGAAAUCGUCAAAUGUGUUGAAGUCUCCUGUCCCGGUCCUCACGUGUUCUUGUUGGUCAUCCAAAUCGGCCGAUUCACGAGAGAAGAAAAAAACUCAGUGGAAGCCCUGCAGGAGCUGUUUGGCCCCGAGGCAAACAAGUACAUGAUUGUGCUCUUCACCCGUGGUGGUGAUCUUGGAAGCAUAACCAUAGAGCAGUAUGUACGUGAUGCUGAGCCAGGGCUUAAACGCAUCAUCCAAAGCUGUGGAAACAGGUACCACGUCUUUGACAACACUAGCAGAGACAGAAAGCAGUUGGUGGAGCUCAUCAAGAAGAUCGACAAAAUGGUGUCAGUAAAUAAGGGCACGCACUACACAGACGCCAUGUUUAAAGAGGUGGAGGAAGCACGCAAAAAGGGAGUAACACUGCAGCAGUAUAGGUUCACUGAGUCGUUGUGUAAACGUAUCAAACUUUUUCGCAUCAUUCUUGGGAAAGAUUAAAGUGUUGUGGUUAACUGUAAUUAUUCUAUUCUGAAUAGGACAGUUUUUGUUUACCUACACGAAAUAUACAGUUUGUUCAUGAUGACACACAGAGUGUAGAUAGUUUAUGUUGAUUUCCCAUGAAAAAAAAUAAUAAAAUAAAAUAUUAUUGAUUAAGUGAAUUUGUCUUUUAAAUUUGAAGAAUAAAGUAUGUGAAAGUUAAAUAAUGAUCAUAUAAUCAUCAUUGUUAUAUAAUAAUCAUAAUAUAAGCGGUGCUGUUAUAAGUAUUGCUUGUCUCUGUUGUAUCUAUUCUAAUUUGUAUGUGAGCAUCAAAUCGUGGUGGUUAUGUUUGAGCUGAAGUUUACAGUGUUUAAAUUUAGUUGUAAAUUUGGGAGACACAAGAUAAAUUUAGUCAAUUAAAUAUUUUAUGCAAAUGGGAACUGUGAAUUAUUUUCUGAUUUAAAGAAUGGGGACUUCGGUUUCUAAUGAGAAGUCUUUAUUUUGGGUCUGUUCUGCUCUGGCUGUUUGUAUUAAAACAUAACAAAAAUUUCCCUUUAGGCUCAUUAUUGUUUGACAAUUAUUCUUGUAAAGCUUUUGGCCUAAUAAAAACUAGCAAUCACAGAACUUUCAUCAGUUAUUUGUGAUCCUAAGAUGACAAUGUCAGAACCAAAUGUUCAACCUCUUCAUUCAUUAUUAUUUUCUUGCCUGUUUGAAUGAGAGAAUAUUAGAUGACAUGUAUCAACAGGUUUCUAGGUAUCCAUCUAUGUACAUAAAAUCCCUCUAAUAUACUGCUUCCCAAUCAUUAGGAUCAAGCUUUUUUUUUUAAUAUUAAUCGUAAUGGCUUAAUAUUAUUCAUAUUACUUUUUUCUUUUACUCUUCUACUAAUAGUUUGUCAACAUUUACUGAACUUU